GGAGGCCGAGUCCUGUGUUCCUCGGGGCAGCGGCGUCCCCAUGACCCGCAGGCCGCGGUGGUGGAGCGCAGGCCCGGGCGGCAGCGGCCGGCAGCAGCGCAGGGGUUAAGGGCGGCGGGCCGGGGGGGCCGGGGGCGGGAGCAUGCGUGCUGCCGGCCUCUAUUGUCUCCGGCGCGGCGCCGAGCACCCAGGCGGCUGGCGGCGGCCGGCAGCGAGGCCGUGCCCGGCGCAGCGCAGCGGAGCGGGGCGCGCCGCCCCCGCCGCCCCCCGCCGCCCCAUGGGCCGCAGCUGAUCGUCGCCCGGCUGCCGGCCGCGCCCCGGGCAGGAGCGAGGCGGGCGGAGCGACCCGGCCGCCGUCCACCCCCCCCCCUCCUCCUUCCCCCGCCGUCCCGUUCCCCCCUCCCCCCCCCCCGCGGCCCCGGAGCCCUCGGCGGCCCCCGCCGGGGGUGGCGGCGGCGGCGGCGGACUCGGGGCGCCCUCGCCCCUGCGGGCCCGGCGGGGGGAGGAUGCCUGGGGCGGGGAUGGGUUUGCGCCCGUAGCUCCCCGCGCCCCCCCGCUUCCUUCCGCCCCCUCUCGCCUCCCAGCGGCGGCGGGGGCGGCGCGGCCCCGUUCCCCGCGGGGGGCUGUCGCUCGGCUCCCUCCGGCCCGGCGGCGCCCAUAUGGGGGGCAAGCAGAGCACGGCGGCCCGUUCGCGGGGCCCCUUCCCGGGGGUGUCGACGGAUGACAGCGCCGUGCCGCCGCCGGGAGGAGGGGGGGGGGCCCCUCCCUUCGGCCAUUACCGGGCGGGCGGCGGCGGCGGUGCCAUGGGGCUGCGCAGCCGCUCCGUCAGCUCGGUGGCCGGGAUGGGCAUGGACCCGGCGGCGGCCGGCGCCGUCCCCUUCGGGCUGUACGCGGCGGCGGCGCGGGCGGCGGGGGAGGCCGAGCGGGCCCCGGGCGGCGGCGGCGGCGGUCCGGGCUCCGACUCCACGUACGCCCAUGGCAACGGUUACCAGGAGACGGGAGGCGGUCACCAUAGAGACGGGAUGCUGUACCUGGGCGCCAGGGCCUCGCUGGCCGACGCGCUGCCCCUCCACAUCGCACCGCGGUGGUUCAGCUCGCACAGCGGUUUCAAGUGCCCCAUUUGCUCCAAAUCUGUGGCUUCUGACGAGAUGGAAAUGCACUUUAUCAUGUGUCUGAGCAAACCUCGCCUCUCCUACAACGAUGACGUGCUGACCAAGGACGCCGGCGAGUGCGUGAUCUGCCUGGAGGAGCUGCUGCAGGGGGACACGAUAGCCAGGCUGCCCUGCCUCUGCAUUUAUCACAAAAGCUGUAUAGACUCAUGGUUUGAAGUGAACAGAUCUUGCCCGGAGCAUCCUUCUGAUUGACCCGCCGGGCGUGCUUGCUGACUUCUCUCUAAGGGCACCUUGCUAUACCUGCUGUACCUCCUCUCCCCAUCCCCCCUACCCCGCCUGGAGUUUUGGGCUGACUUUAAAUUCCUCGAGAAGACAAAAAUAAAACCCAGAAACUUGAAUCCACUUGGGACAACAGCGAAUUUUUUUUAAUUAUUAUUUUAUGUUAUUAUUUUUAUUUGUUUUGUUGGUUUUGGGGGGUUUUUUGGGUUUUUUUAAUUUAAAAGAUUUAAAAAAAAAGAAACAUCCAGGAGAAGACAGUGUGAGAAAAGCGGAGCAACCCACUCUCCCCUCCACAGCCGCUGGUCACCAGGAGAGCUCUGCCGGCCAGGGAGGCCCCGGGGACACCCUCGGCCGAACCCCUGCCAUGAUGUUUGGCUUUUCUCCCCGAAACAAAAGGGGAAAGCUGCUGGGGGACAGCCGGCCAAACGGAGCACGCGGCAUUUCUCACCGGCAACCCCCCCACCUCCCACCCGGACUCACCCGGGGGCUCUGCUCAGUUUUUUUGCACUGACUAAAACAGGAAUUUUCUCCUCUCUCCUGUCUCCCUUUUGGAGAUCUCCACCCCGGCCCCAGCAGUGUUGAGAUGGGGACUCUGCUCCCCCUUGCUGAGUCGCAGGGGUCCAUCUUUCAAGUGUUUACAACAAGAAAAAAAAAAAAAAAGAAAAAAAAAGAAAAAAAAAAGAAGAAAAAAAAGAAAACUUACAAAAAAAACCAACCAACCAAACCACAACUGAAGCUUCGUGUUGACUGGCGUGUUCUUCGAUUUGAGCUUCCCUGCCCCGGUGAUGUUUACAGACUGGUCACUCUUUAACUCAGCUAUAACCACUCAGAGACUGGAGAGCCGCAGCAUCCCCGCCGCCCCCUCGCCGGGCUCCUCUUGCCAAAACCGCCCCCCCUCUUUCUUUCCAUGGCCUAUGAGUCAAACCCUUUCGAGGAGGGCACAGGGAAGGCCCCCCAUGGCCCCCCGGAAACCCUGACCCCCCCUGGCCACAGGGGUGGCUUUGCCGGAGCCGGAGGUGCCAAGACGGAGUUGUUUCACGGCAGUGACCCCCCCCAACCCAUCCCUGUCCCCUCCUGGCGCGGCGGGCGUGUUUUCGUUGGUGAGACCUCCCCUGCCGGUGGCCGUGCCCCUGCGGGAAACCUUUCUGUAUUUAUAUAUUAAAAAAAAAUGGGAAAAAAACUAAGAGUUCAGAGCUUGGGGGGAGCUUCCUUCAUUAGUCAAGGUGUUUUGAUAUGGUAUUAAAACAAUGUUCAAUAAAAUAUUCACUGUUAUUUUA